AUUAAGGUUUUGGGGUUCUCAUUGUACCGACACAAGUCUUUGGUUCACAAAAAGAACAGGGGUCUCUCGCCGAGUCUUUAAAAUUCCAAUCCCACACAACAGAGACCAACAAAGAAGCUGAAACUCAAGAUGGGUAUGGUGGGUCUUGUAGAAAUUUCUCUUCAAUGCUUUGAUGUUCUUGCAUGGCCUCUGCUUGCUUUGGUGUAUCCUCUAUGUUGUUCCAUUAGGGCGAUUGAGACCAAUUCCAUUUCAGAUACUCAGAGGUUGAAUACUUAUUGGGUUGUCUUCUCAUUGAUUUUGCUCCUUGAACAUGCUUUCUUGAAGCUCCUAGAACGGCUCCCGCUGUGGCAUUACAUUAGGAUAAUGGUUGCCUUAUCGUUGGUGAUACCUCAUUUUGAUGGUGCAUUUUAUGUCUAUAAACAUCUUAUCUGUCCAUGCCUUACCAUGGACCCCCAAAGUGUUACCAACUGGUUCAACAAGUGGAGGAAGGAGUUGUUGUUCGUCAGCAAAGAUGUUCGUGCUGAGGUGGAGAGAUAUGUAAAGGAGAAUGUACCUGAAGCUUUGGAAAGAACUAUUGCUUGCGAGGCAGAGCCUAAUUUCACUGGGACUGAAAACAGCAAAUAUACUUCUAGGGAGAUAAAAGGAAAAACCACGGAGGUCGCAGAGGGUGUAUCUGGUGAUAGACUCAAAAGGAAUCUUAUUAUGAAUUUUAAGGAAAACGUGCAAGGCCAGCAACGGAACAUAAAUGAAGUUUUAAGGAUGAAGGGUUCUCGUCUGUGGUGCAAUAUUUGUAGCGUGAGCUGCCCUGGUGAGAUUGACAUGGCAUCUCAUCUCAGUGGAAGGCAGCACAAGGAAAAUGUGCAAGAGCAACAACAGAACGCAAAUAAGGCUCCAAUGAAGAAUGACCCACCUCUGUGGUGCAGUAUUUGUCAUGUGCGCUGCACUGGUGAGAUUGACGUGGCAUCUCAUCUCAGUGGAAGGAAGCACAAGGAAAAUGUGCAAGAGCAACAACAGAACGCAAAAAAGGCUCCAAGGAAGAAUGAGCCACCUUUAUGGUGCAAAGUUUGUAAUGUGGGCUGCUCAGGUCAGAUUACCUUGGCAUCUCAUCUCAAUGGAAACAAGCAUAAGGAGAAAGUGCAAGAACAGCAGAAUACAAAGAAGAAUGGGCCACCUCUGUGGUGCAAAAUUUGUAAUGUGGGCUGCUCUGGUCAGAUUACCUUGGCAUCUCAUCUCAAUGGAAAUAAGCAUAAGGAGAAAGUGCAAGAACAGCAUAAUACAAGGUCUAUGGUGCAAAAUUUGUAGUGUGGGCAGCUCUGGUCAGAUUACCUUGGCACAUCUCAAUGGAAAGAAGCAUAACGAGAAAGUGCAAGAACAACAGCAGAUAUAGAUGUAGUGCAAUGCAAGCAAGCACUAUAAAGAUUUGUACUAGAUAUGAAUUAAUUAAUAAGCCAGAGAUAAGGACUCUUGUUAUUCUUAGUAAUUAACUUUCUUGUGGAAAUCAGAAACUAAAAAGCCUCCUAAGACCAUCUCCAACCA